AGAAAGUUUGGAUUUCUUUUUUUUAUAAACUUUUGUUUUGGAAUUUGUUCAGAUUUAACAGGGAGCCACUCUAGAAAGAAAAAUAAGUAUUUUUGUAUGAAAAAAAUGUCUGAUUCUGGAGUCAAUCCACACUUGGAGGGAAUUAUUUCAGAUUUUGAAGCUCUGAAGAGGUCCUUUGAGGUGGAGGAUGUCGACACUUCAUCUCACCUGUCCCCCGGCUCCCGUCGGACAACCAACUCCCCUCACCGUAACGCCAUGUCUCCAACCAGCAUCUAUUACCGCGACCUGGGCACUGCCGCCCCGGCCACCAACAACAACAACCUCAACUAUACUCAACCCCGCUCCAUCAUGGGUGGAGGAGGCUCCAAGACCCCCGAGCCUGUGUCUCGCCGCUCCGAACUCUCCAUCGACAUCUCUUCUUCCAGCAAGCAGAUGGAUAACGUCACCAGCCCCGCUUCCACACGCUUUGCCACCAACAGCGCCCUGAAACGCCCUGAAGUCCUGGGCCACUCCAAGACCCCCGAGAUGAGCCACAAGAGGGAGGUCACUUUUGCCAAAACACCUACUGAUUCCCCAGUGAUUCGCCGCAACGAGGGCAACAAUAACAAUGGCACCAGCCGGAUGCCUGAGCAGAAUCACACUCGCAAGUUUGAGCCUCCUAGUCCAGGAGAUGUCCGUAAACCUGAUAUCAGCAUCACCAGAGCUCCCCCAGAAAACAACGGCCACCAUCCUGCAGUGCACCACCCGCACCACCCCAACCCUCACCACAACACCAUCGUCACCACCUUCCGCUGCUCCUCGCCAAGUCAUGGACGAAAAUCCCCCAACCCUGACAGGUCAGAGGUCAGUCUGAGCCACAGCAACAUGUCGGAGUCCGCCAAGCCCCACCACCCCAACCCACAAGGUAAGGGGGACAAGACCCAUGGCAGUGACUUCAGUUACGUGGGCAUUGAUGCCAUCCUGGAGCAGAUGAGGAGGAAGGCCAUGAAGCAGGGCUUUGAGCUCAACAUCAUGGUUGUGGGGCAAAGCGGCCUGGGGAAGUCCACUCUGAUGAACACCCUGUUCAAAUCCAAGGUGAGCCGUAAGUCGGUGCAGCCCGACCCCGAGGAGAGGAUCCCUAAGACCAUCGAGAUCAAGUCCAUCAGUCACGAUAUUGAGGAGAAAGGUGUGAGGAUGAAGCUGACAGUAAUUGACACUCCGGGCUUUGGGGAUCAGAUCAACAAUGAAAACUGCUGGCAGCCCAUCAUGAAGUUCAUCAACGACCAGUAUGAAGCCUACCUGCAGGAGGAAAUCAACAUCAACAGGAAGAAGAGAAUCCCAGACUCCAGGGUGCACUGCUGCAUAUACUUCAUACCUGCCACAGGCCACAGUCUGAGGCCCCUGGAUGUGGAGUUCAUGAGGCGUCUCAGUAAAGUGGUCAACAUCGUCCCCGUCAUUGCCAAGGCUGACACACUCACCCUGGAAGAGAGGGACUUCUUUAAACAGACGAUUAGGGAAGAGCUGCGAGCCAACGGAAUUGACGUUUACCCUCAGAAAGAGUUUGACGAGGACGCAGACGACAGGAUGAUCAAUGACAAAAUCAGGGAGAUGAUCCCCUUUGCUGUCGUGGGCAGUGACCAGGAGUACCAGGUGAACGGAAAGAGGAUUCUGGGAAGGAAAACAAAAUGGGGCACCAUAGAGGUUGAGAAUAUUGCACACUGUGAGUUUGCGUACCUGCGAGACCUCCUCAUCAGGACACACAUGCAGAACAUCAAAGACAUCACAGGCAGCAUCCACUAUGAGACAUACCGUGUCCGCCGGUUAAAUGAAUCCAACGCCCAUUUCAGCUCACACCCACCCGACCAUCCUGCUGCUCAGCCGAAGGCCAACGGUCAGCCCGAGGAGCAGCCCAGCGCGCCACAAGCCAACGGAGUGGCUGCUCAGCACGAAGCCCUGUCCCACGAGAUGUAGAGUCAGUGCAGAUAUCAGGACACAGCCAGGCACCAAAACACACACUCGCACAUGUAUUCUGUUUACAUGAACAAAUCCCACAUGCACACAAACACACAUUCAUGCUGUGAAGCCCAUUUUUAAAGAAGGACUUUUUUUUUUUUACCAAAAAAAAAAAACUACCUGAUCCACAAGUUAUAAGACACAUGAGAAAAUGACUAAAUACCAACAUUUUCCUUCAUGAGGGUGAUUUUUUUUAUAACAAUUUUUCCAUCAUUGCAAUUCUAAGCAAAAUCAUGUUUUCCCUGCAGAUCCACAUACUGUAAAGAAACCCUUUGUUUCUCCGUCUCCCUGACUGCACUAUGCAAUCUACAUUCAGGAUGUUUAACCCUUUGAAACCAGGAGUGACGUCACUUCUCUCGUGCUGCUUUCAGAUGCCUUUAAGUUUUCAACUUUUGAACUCUGAGAAAAUUGGUGCAAUUUCUGUCAAAAACUUGUGAAAAAGGGGCAAUGAACAGCUCAGUAAGAAAUUUUCCAAAAAUAAAUAAAAUUAUGUUGCAGAAUAAGCAUAUAUUUUUAAGCACCU